AUGUCACGGGUAGCUUUCCUCCGUCCCUUCAGGGCCCCGCUUGUGCGCAAGCACCCUGUAGCUAGCUUCGGCCCAUUCAGAAACUUUUCAUCCGACCCUUCCUACUUGGGAGAUGCUCUUUCUACAGAUGGUUCCAUAGAAACAGUUCCUUUGGCAUACGAUACACAUCUUGCUGAUUCGGAGGCUGGGUCUAAAAAGUCCCCAAUCUUAAUCUUGCACGGACUUUUCGGUUCCAAGACUAAUUCCAGAACAGUGGCAAAAGAAUUGGCAUCCAAGCUCGACAGAAAUGUGUUCUGCCUUGAUUUGAGGAAUUUCGGACAAUCACCCCACAACCAGAGACUUGACUACCCAGCAUUAUCAGCAGAUGUCGAACGAUUCAUCAUAGAGUCCGACUUCGCUCAAAAACCAAUUUUGAUAGGGCAUUCCAUGGGUGCCAAAACUAUCAUGGCACUUGCUUUGCGCCAACCAGACUUGCCAAAAAUGUUGAUUCCAGUGGAUAAUGCACCCGUGGACUUGAGCUCCAGCUCAGGCUCCAAUUCUGGGUUUAUUAAGUACGUCAAUCAGUUGAGGUUGUCGCUCGAAAAGUACAAAUAUACCAACAUAAAAGACGUGGAUGCCCAAUUAGCCAAAGUGGAGCCUUCCUUACCUGUCAGACAGUUCCUAUUGACUAAUCUCAAUAGAGGCAAGAAGAACGAUGUCAUUACUUCCAAAAUUCCCUUGGAUAUUGUGGGAGAAGCUAUAGUCAAGGGCAAAAUUUCCAGUUGGCCUUUCGAUUCAAAUGUCAGUAGAUGGUCACAGGGUCCUGUCAUGUUCAUCAGGGGUACAGAGUCCAAUUAUGUGCCUGAUGAAAUCAUCCCGGAAAUCGGUAAAUACUUUCCAGACUUUGAAAUUAGAGAUGUGAAAUCGGGGCAUUGGGUGAUCAGUGAAAAACCCAAGGAGUUUGUUGACUUGGUGGUUGAGUUUGUGGAGAGAAAGGAAGAUGAACUAUAG